AGACCUUUGCCGGGAAUUGAUGAAGGGAAAGAAGGCAAGGGACCGGCAGAGACCGCGUGCCCAAGACCCGGGCCACUGAGGGAGCACCGCUUGCGCAUGGUGCUCGUGGGCCAUGUGUUAAAUGCAUGGCAGCCUUUGACAGGCAAGCAGCUCCGAGCGUUUUUCUUCUGCUGGCUAACGCUGAGCAGCCAUGUGCUAGGAUCUCCGCUCGCGACUGGUGGAGCAGGCCGCAUCAAAGGUGAUGGUGAACCUCAUGAAAAUGCGGUUUUCGCUGCUCCGGGCAGAGGGCUGUCAUCGAAGCUCAUAGCUGAAACCUUUGAGGCUUCCACCAAAGAAGCGGGCUCAGCAGGAAGAACCGUAGGUGAUCCUGAGGAUGGACGACAGCUACAGUCGCUGGCGCCUCCAUAUUCUUUCUUCACAACGCCACCCUAUGUGAACGUAGUUGUGUUUGACUCGCAUGACCCCAAUUGCGAUGUGAACUUCGAGUCUCCACCGGUCACAGAUCCAACCAAAGUUGGAUAUCCCGCUGACGGAACGGACUCCUUGCGCCAAGCGCACAUGGCAUGCGGGGUGGCACCAGCGCGCUUUGUUUUCACCACUUCUGACCUUGAAGCCUAUGCUGAUCCGACCGUAGCGGCAAAAAUGCAGAUUCGGAUCACUUGCGCGCAAGCUUUCUUUGUUGAGUCACCGACAUGCGAGAAUGUCCUGGAUGCCACUGGCAAUUUUCCUCGGAUUGAGGAGUGCCGCUUCAACGAACAUGAGGCGAGGCUCAUUUUGCAGACCCGACUGCUGAAGCAAACGACCUACUCAUUGACCAUGAAGCUGCUGAUGCCAGCUGGCCGGAUGACAGCCGCAGAAAACAGCUAUGUUUUCACAACUGAGUAUGAUCCUGACACAGUGAUCGAGGGCACAGAGUCUGCCAUAGACCUCGGGUACACUGUGCCUCAUGCAAAGGACCCUGUCUAUGGCAAUGAUUUCUCGCAGCGAGGCUACAUAACAGGAUUCUUCUGGCAGCCAACGCUCACCUAUACAUCGACACCUGAUGUGGUGACAGUUUUCACCUUUGGCCUCCGGACCUUUGGUACAAUGAACACUGACUACAACAUCGAUAUCAUUGCCCAUCCAACCAAUGUCUGGAAGAUGGGAACACCGGGCACUGAUUGUGAGCAGUUCACGCCACCUCACAUUGGGACGACUUGCAGACUUCAGUCUUUCCAAGGAGCACUGGCAUCAGAGGCGAAUGGCUUCCGUUUGGAUGUGGGGACCACCCCAAUGGAGAACCUGGGAAGUCAAAGCACACCGCAGUUCUCAUUGGUCAUCAAGAACCCGCCGACGUCGGUGAACAUGUACUGGACGGCCACUUCAUUCAGGAUUGAUGAGGAUCAGCUCCCGCAAGAGCCAUUCACGGUUUUCCUUGACAAACCGGUGAACGUUAUGGGCACACCCUUUGGACAGAUUGCCUCGUACGAGCGUGGUGACGUAGAUGUGGAACAGUGGGUGGUGCUGGAGUUCACGCCGGGCAACACCAUCAUGCCCGGUCAAACCAUGUCUGGGGUGAUCGUGAUCCUGCCUCCAUCGAGCUUCACCAUCGUAGCUAGCGCGGCCCCACAGCUGCCUUCUUCGGAGUACAAUGAGUUGCCUUGCACGUCAUGGCCUGAGGCCGAUCGUUUGGCUGGGCGAUGGGUGUGUCCUAUUGCGGACACCGCGCCCUUCAAAGAUACGAUCUACGGAGUCAGGCUCAAGGUGAAGAAUCCAGCAGAGCCGGGUGCGGCAAGAUCAUGGCGGAUCGAGCUGUGGGAAGAGGAUGCUGCAAAGCCGGUUGCUGCGACUCGUGGCAUUCGAGGAAUGGAAGUGUCUGGUCCAAUGCAGGCGGCACUCUCACAAGAGAACCAGCUGCUGGGAAGUAUCAACACCGUCCGUUUUGACAUCAUCCCGCAGCAGCCCAUUGGCAAUGUGCCGAACACCCGCCUUCGGGUUUUGGCUCCACCGGGCUUCGUCAUCAUCAAGAGAUGUCUGGGAUUCCAAAGGAUCGAACUCCCUGUAUGCAAUUGCAUAGGUUCUGACUCAAAUUCCUUCGAGCUUGUGUUCAGCGAGCCUGGUGCAAUCUUGGGAGGCGUUCAGUACUCUUUCCAGCUGCAGUUGCAAAAUCCUGUCGACAACAUUGCUGACUCGGAGAAUGUUUGGUCUUUCGACACACUUCGGCCGGAUGGUGUUGCAAGAGACACUGCACGCUCUCAGGGAUUCUUUCUGUAUCCCUACGAGUUUUCGUCCUUUGUCGUGGUCCCGCUGAUGCGGAAGCCUGGGCCUCAAACCAUCGUGGUCCGCUUCAUCUCACCUUUGCUGAUCCCUUUUGAUGACUACAUUCGAGUUCGGGCACCUGUCGGAGUGGCAUGGCACAUUGCAGAUCUUCAAUUCAGCACUCAGGGCGAGCUGACACAAGCCAAUGAACUGGGUGCCAAAGAACCCAGCGUCGAGUAUGAGACCCCGAACGAGUUGGUGGUGCAGCUCACUACCACAGCACAAGCGAAUUUCGAGUAUGGCAUUGCGGCAAGGGCCGAGAUCCCGCAAGCUACGCCUGUGCCAAAUGCAUGGUGGAUCGAGCAGUAUCGCAGAACUGGAAACCCUCCUCCGGACAGCUGGCGCUACAUUGCAUCGAAGGGCACGACGGGAUUCAAGACCCAAGUCCUCGUCAACACAAGGGUUGAGCCGUUCAACGUUGUGGCAGAAGGCUGGCAGAAUCCAACCCUUUUCGUCUUCGAAACAACAAUGGAGGUGAUGCCUUUCCUGCAAGCCACCGCCUCCGGGACAGAGCUAGUUCCAGCUGUUCUGCUGGUGGAAGCACCUCCAGGGUUCACCUACAUUUGCCCCUUGACAACGACGGUCUACAUGCCUGCCUACACAAUUGAUCUCCCCGUGGACACCACCUGCUCCGUGGAUCACAACAACUUGGCGGAACGCAACAAGUUAUAUCUCCAGAUUCCGGAUGGUUUGCAGGGAGACACGCGCUAUGCCUUCACCAUAGAUGUCGUUAAUGCCAAGCUGGUGGAUCCGCUCAAGAAUGUGUUUCGGUUGGCGACGAUGCUGAAUGGAGAGGUGGUCGAAGAAGCAACCACAGCAGGCUUUCAGUUGGCCCAGCGAAUGGACAACACACGUUACGAGUACUAUCCAGUGAGGGAGGACCGACGUGUGGAGGCGUCUCAAAACAUCGUCACCUUCAUCAUUGGCACUACGAAAUCAGUCUCAGUGCCAUCUGUAUUGGAGAUUCGCGCUCCGAUUGGCUUCAGAUUCCUGGACGCGUGCGACGGCCAGGUUGGUUGGGCCACUUGGGUGGCAUUGAUGCUCCCGUUCCCAGCUUUUGGACUAUGUCAGGGCAUGGGAGCAGCAAGUGCUGAUAUGCAACAUGUUGCUCAGCUUCAAGUGACCGGAAACUGGGAACUGGGUAACUAUGGCCUCUUCGUCACGGUGAUGAACCCCAUGUUCACACCAGAGCGCAACUUCUGGGGUUUCACGAUUUUCGCCAGAGACACUAUGAUGCCAGAAAUGUCCGAAUCGUGGGUCUAUGGGUUCCAAAUUCAAGUCGUGCUCAAUCCCAUGCUGAAGGCUUACAACCAGGGAAAUGGUGUUGAUGGAGAAGCUGCCAUAAACCACGUGGACAUUAGCUUCGAACUGAGCACGAGGAUGCCUCCUCAGCCGAAUGCUGCACAUGCCAUCGUUGUGACAGCUCCGCAAGGCUUUUUCUUCCCAAGCAUUUGUCAAAGCUUCACCCUAGAUACCUUCACGCCUGGCUUCGUGGGCUUCCCAAAGGGCACAGGCUGUCAGGGCAACAAUGGCAACAUCUUGAAGAUCGCGCUGCCUUUCAUGCGUGAACUGCAGAAUGCCACCGCCUACAUGUUCCGAGCCCUUGUGGUGAACCCCCGUGAGACCUUCACGGAUGUGACCUCACCAGACAAGUACUGGCGCAUCGAGUCGCAGUAUGCGGAUGGCACCAUGGUCGACCUCAAUCGAGUUAUCCCAUCCUUUCCAAUUCUGUCCAGACUGCGCUACUUUGCGGUCAACACUCUGUCACAGGUUGGUCUAGCCCCGACGACCUACAGGAUACACUUCAGGACAGAUGAGUCCCUGCCGCCUCAGCAGACUGUGCAUAUCCGUCCUCCUGCUGGGACAACUUUUGGCGGCCUUACAAAUGGUGAAUGCAUCAACACAGAUCCAGUGCUGCUGAGCUUGCAGUUCCCGACCCCACUGAUUUCAGGGGUGACAAGAUUGCCCGAGUGGGUGUCUUGUCAAGUGGUGAGUCCUACAGAGUUGAUGCUGCGGAAUGAAGAGCCAAUCCUCGGCGGCCGGCCUUUGAUCGCAGGCCCUGUCUUUGAGUUCUUCAUCAUGAACGCCACCAACGCUGAAAGCACUCCGCUUCUGAAUCUGUUCCAGAUAGAGGCUAUGACAAGCACGCUGCUGGGGAAAGAGGUUUGGACAGCGCCGGGCUGGGUGAUUUACCCGGAGCUCACCCUCACAUCUGUGCAGACUGCCAAUCCUGGCUAUGGACUGUAUACCAACUUCACCAUCAUGCUGCAGACCAUCACGGAGGUGCCUUCAGGUGGUUCCAUCCGGAUCAUAGCACCUGAUGACUACUAUUUUGGUCCAGUGAUCGAGACGGCUGCAACCCGCUAUGAUCCACUGGUCUCCGAGCCGUCUCCACAGGGCGCCGGGCAGGAGCGGCCUUCACCAAAUAAGGUUACGAUUUGCCAUAUCCUGAGAACAGAGAAUUGGGCGUGCGCUUUGGAGUUCGAACCCUGCGUGAUCAUGGAUGAGUUGGAUGAGUUGAUCACUCUAGGCAUGGUUCUAUCCCCUUCGCAAGAGACAGCCAGAGUUGGCAACAGAACCAUUUGCUUGGAUUUGAGGUCAAAAUGUGAUGUUGGAGGGCAGCUUUCGGACCUUCUGUCAUGCCGUAGCCAGGGCAGCACUCUUGACCUCUUCAUUGCGCCGACGGUGUACCUGCCAGCUCGGCGCUUGUUCCAGUUCCUGAUCCAAGGCUACAAUGCACGAAAUGCUCCGGCCAACGCAUCGGUGAACACGUGGCACUUCAUGACGAGAAAUUCAGACAGUGAGAACACCAUCCUGGACGAGAAGCCGCAAGUGCAAGGUGUGUCCUUGAUUGGCAUCGUCCUGGUGGACUCUAUUGUUCCUUCCAACACCAAGGUAAGCAGUAUUGAAAACUAUGUGACGGUGACAUUGAGACUUACUACGCCGUGUGAUCCCCGGGCCAUCCUUCGGAUCUCCUUUCCGUCGGAGUACAUGCGAGGCGAGAAUGCUGCCUUUUCUGGCCCUGCUAUUCAGACUGGAUACACCUUCCCUCAGCAGGUGGAACGGCGGCAAAGCUUGAAUGUGGUUGAGUUGGAAGCCAUUGAAGAGGGCUAUCCAGCCAACGUGCCAUUGGUCAUCAUUCUCGGUCUCAGCAACCCGGAGAUCUCCCCAACAAGACAAAGAAAUGUCUGGACAUUCGAAGCCUUGAGUUUGUCCUCGGGGUCUGAAGUGCUGCUGAAUGUGAAUCUCAACGUCACUGGCUUCAAGAUCUUUGGUGAAUUUUCAGGAGCUUAUGUCACAGGGACAGUUCUGUCGCCUUUGGCGCAGAAUGUGGUGGGAAUUUGGUUCAACCUGAAGAGUCCACUGAAAGCAUCACUGGAGACAGGGCAGACCAGUCAAAUGCGGCUUUGGCUGCCUCCAACCUUCCAGCCUUUGCCGGACUGCGGUACAGCACUGAACUUAUUCUCACUGUCCUACGAUGUUGGCCGAGAGCUCGUAAAGAAUCCUUUCCCAACCACUAUUUCCUAUUUGUCGCUUCCAUCUGGAACUUACUGCUUUGACGGUUACGAUGAAGCAAGUGGCCAGUGGUAUGUGGAGAUGACUAUCGAGCAGGAAGUCUCCUAUGGUUUGGACUACGCCUUCGAGUUUGCUUUGACAAACCCGUUCCGGACGCCAGCUACAUCCGACAAUGUGUGGCGGUUCGAAACGCUGCAAAACGGGGUCAUCCUCCACCUGCGGCGCAGUGUCCCUGGUUUCGAGCUGGAGCAGAUCAAGGAAGUCCGCGUGACUCCUUCCGACACAACUACGUUGUUGGCGCUGCACCGCCUGGAGUUUUACAUCAUGAGCGACAAGUACAUCCCGGGAGGUUCAAAGAUCGAGAUCACUGCACCAAAUGGCUUUAUUUUUACUUGUGCCUUCUUCAGCACAGACGAUGGACUCGCCAAUACGACCACCUGCUAUGUCAGGGAGCUGAACAUUGCGGAGUUCACGAUGGACACCUCUGACCCCCUCCAACCAAACUCACCCUUCCGACUCUUCGUGUUUGUGUCAAAUCCCGAGUUCACGCCGCAGCAGAACUACUGGAACUUCCGCAUUAUCAGUCCUCUCGCCAAGACACUGGACAUGCGAGACUAUGUGCAAAGCUUCGACAUUACUGGACGUUUAGAGGUGGACAUUCAAGCGACGUUCCCGUACUUCGGGCAAAUCAACCCUUUGCGAAUCGUCUUCACGCAGUCCACUAUCCUCAAUCAAGCCGACAUCGGCAAUGAGCUUGUGCUGUCAGGGCCUGAUGGUUUCAUCUUCCCAACAAACUGCACUGGCUUCCGACUUCGGUGGAGCAAUCAAGUCGACGCGCCCACCAGCACCAGAGGGUAUGACAUUGGGUUUGUCUUCCCGCCUGAAGGCAUGACCUGCCGGGGCUAUGACAACGCAUCAGUAGUUGUCAGAUUCCCCAACGGUGCAGGCUUGCUGCGGAACAACUACACACUUGAAAUAGAUGUGAGCAACCCUGGGUAUCCACCCAAUGCCACGCAAUGGAGUUUUAUCACGCGGAUUCGGAAUGACUUUGAGGAUGAGAGGAUCGCAGAUGCGAACCGUACUCUCCUGGGAUUCGAGUUGGUGGAGUUGCUCCCCAUGCGAACCGAUGAAGGUGCCGCGAGACCUGGUGCAUUGGCGCUGCUGCCUUUGGCACUUCUGUGGUAUGUCCUCCUCGAGCAGAUUUGAGGUUCUACUACGAAUCCAGUUUGUUUGAUCAUCUAAACCUAAGAGCUCUAGGAAUCUCAAACCGGACAUUGAAGUGAAACAAUUUGUAUUUCAAACUUUCCACCACACAAUGCCCAGCCCAAAGCUGCUAAGCAGCAGGGCUAAAUGUUCAAUGCCAUGCAGAUUUCUCCCCAGCAUCCAUGAAUAAGCCAACA